AUGGGGAGAGGGAAACUGUGCAUGAAACUGAUCUCCAAUGAGAAAUCUCGGAAGACGACUUUCUUGAAGCGAAAGAAAAGUUUGAUGAGAAAAGCGUAUGAACUCUCCACGCUCUGCGACAUCCGCACCUGCGUUUUCAUCUACGGCCCCAACCAGAACGACCGGUCUCCGGUCGAGGUUCACACUUGGCCGCCUUCUCGAGACGAUGUCGAUGACAUGAUCGCUUCUUAUAGAGCCAAUUGCCUCCAUAAACGAGCUCGGAAGCCUUUCGAUCUCCUCGACUUCUUCUCCGAGCGCAAGAAGAAGAUCGAAUGCGACAUCUCUAAGCUUCACAAGGACCUUGCACAAGCCAGAUUCCCGAAGUGGGACGAGCGCUUGGACUAUCUAUUGGAAGACCAGUUGCGGGUUCUAAUGGCAGAAUUGGACUCGAAGCUGGACGCGACAAAGAGAAGGAUCGAGGUAGCGAUGGAAGAGAAUCUCGAGGAGGGGACGUCCUCGGGGAGCGGGCAAAUAACCGUCAACGCAAACAUGAAACAAGAACAAACGAUGAUGUUUGGGAGCUCCAUAGGAGUGGAAACACAAACACAUACCAAUCUUAUACCAUACCAAAAUCUUCAAGUCCAAACAAUGGAUCAUCAUGAACUUGUUGAUCACAAUAACCUCUCUCAAAUUCAGUUGAAUUAUGGGAGUUUCCAAAGCCAAAAUAUUUACAAUAAUUUUCCAACAAUGACCAUGGAGAAGAGCCAAAAUUAUUACUCAAUGUUCAACUAUGGAGUUCCUCUUCCUGUUCCUGCAUACUCAGUUCUUCCACUGCCAUACAUGCAGCUGAGUGAUGAUCAAGUGAUGAUGGCCAAUGCUUCUUCAAAUUCUCAUCAGAUGGGUUUGGCCAAUAAUAUUAAUGCUGCCUCUUCUCAGCUCAAUAAUGAUCACUUUGAUUAUGUCAAUUAUGAUCAGUAUUUCAUGAACACUAACAACUUCUAAUCCAUUACUAGAGCUUCAUGAAUUUUGUUUGUAGGGUUAUUUGCUAUUAUCUUUUGGUUAGAUUUGAUGGAAGUUUGGACAUUUUUGGGGUUAACUUUAUAGAUAU